AUGGAAAAGGUUGCCGCGAAGACUCAGGUAGCUGGUGAGGGAGCUCGUAGGCUCAAAUACGGCGCUGCCGGAGACCGUCCCGCUGUCCCCGCCACCACUGCGGAAACCAAGACCAGUGGCGGCUGUGGACAGCCUGCCGCCGGGGCCCUGCCGCCGCUCUCCUGGGCCCAGCGGCGGCUGCUUAUCUGUCUGUCGCUUGGCGCCGUGCUUGACGGCUUCUGCCAGUCCGUCCAGUUACCCUUCUUCCCCGGCGAGGCCCGGCGGCGUGGCCUCAGUCUGACCGCCGCCGGAGCAGUGUUCAGCGCCUUCGCCCUGGGCGAAAUGAUCGCCUACCCAGUCAUGGGCUGGCUGGCGCCGCGGCUCGGCGUCCAACGCCUCUACCUAGCCGGUCUGGUGGUCGCCGGUGUCGCCACAGUGACGUUUGGUCUUCUGACGCACGUCCCCGGACCGGCAGCGUUUCUGGCCGGCUGUCUUAUCGUGCGCGCCGCCGAAGCGGUGGGCACGGCAGCCGUACUGACCUCAGCCAGAACUAUCGUCAUCAACCAGUUCCCAGGUCGGGUGAACGUGGGCAUCGGAGUCCUGGAUGCAGGAAAAGCGGUGGGCCUCUGCGUCGGCCCAGCUUUCGGGGGAGGCCUGUACGUGCUUGGAGGGUACGGUCUGCCGUUCUACACUCUUGGAGGACUACUGCUCGCCACUGCGGCGAUUAAUGUUGUGGCGAAGGCUAUGCCCGCGGCAGGCAGCACUGAGAGUGGCAGCAAGACAGAGGCGCAGCAAAAAGACGCUGACCAUCGGGCGGAGCAACAGAGCUACAUGAAGAUGUUGAGAGUGGUACUCUGCUGUCCGGACAACUGGCUCAUCUUUACCACAUUGUUCAUUGCCUCUAUGAAUUGGUGGGCACUGGACCCCAGUCUUGGACCGUACGUUCAGCAGCAGUUGAACGUCGAGUCCUCAGAACUGGGCCUCUUCUACGUGGCUUCGCGGCUGUCAUUUGCUGUCGUAAGUCCAGCAUGGAGCCGGCUGGCCGACUCUAUGCGCAACACAUUCCUGCUGGUGGCCGCCUGUCUGCCACCUACCGCUCUCGGGGUGCUGCUGAUGCCGCCGGCGCCUCCUCUAGAUCUGCCGCCAUCCCGCGCGCUGCUCGGCGUCGGCAUGGCGGUACGUGAGGCGUUCUGCCAGUGUGCACGCCUGCCACUGCUGGGCCUGCUGCUGCGCUGCUCGGUGGCCGCCGGCCUGCAAGACAACCUGCGUGGUCAUGCCUUGGUGUCGUCUGCGUACGGAGCCGUUUACAAUAUGGGCAAGGCGGCCUGGCCGCCGCUGGGGGCUACAGUUAUACAGGAGGUGGGACUGUCGCUACUAGCCUCCGGUAUGGCCGCCCUAACAUUGACCCUGGCCAUUGUGGAUGCCGCCUGGGGACUGAAGGUUAACAGCAAACUGAAGCAAGAGAAGUAA